GUUGUUGUUUUUCUUUUCACCGCACUCUCCUUUUUCAUUCUCUAUCUUCAUCCUUCACAUAUUUUCUGUUAAUAAUACUCCUUUGUACCUUGCUUUUUUUGUUUCAUCAAAUCAUCAAACCCAACACCCACAAACAUAAAUAAAACAUCAAACCCCACUCUCUCCCUCUCUCUCUUCAUUCUUCCACGUUUCUGUUAUUUUUCACUCCACCUUUUUUCCCCAGCAUUUUCUCGGGAAAUUUCUUUGUUAUUUACUUUGCCUAAAAAAAAAAACAUGAGCACUGUGCAAUGAACAUGUGUAAGUAGCAUGGUACCAGCUUUUUAAGGUUGCAUUGAAGUGUACUCUUCUUUUCUGCAAUGCACAACGGAAUCUUGACCUUUCGAGGUUCUUUCGAGCUCAUUUCCAAACUAAAUACAACUCUACCUAAACCCUAAUCUUCCUCCAAAAAAGUCAACCUAUUUUCCUAAUUCCAAUCAGCUUCAACCUUUUCUGGCUUUCGCAUUUUGGGUUUCAGAGAAAUGGGUUUCUCGUUUCUCAUUGGCUCUCAAAUUGCUGGCUUUUCUGGCUUUGAAGAAUUUUAGUGAGACCCAGUUCACUUUGGAGGUUGAAAAUCCAAGAUCUGUUCUUGGGGCCACUUCACUGUGCACCAGGUGUUUGUUAUAUGUUCGAAAUUGAUCAUUUUUUUCUAUGUUUCUUUAGCUUUCAACUGUAAUAAAUUAGUGAGGGUUUCAGUGGAUUUUUUAUGAGUAGCUGAUUGAUAAUUAGAGUUUUCAAAGGGUGAGUGGUGAGGUUAAAAGAAAAAAAAGAAGAAAUUGGUAGGUGACUGUGUUUUUUGGUGAGUUGUGAAACCAAAAUUAGAAAGAUUUUUGUCAAUGUCAGGAGGUCCUAGAUUAAGGUCUAUGAAUGUUGCUGACUCAGAAGCAAGGCCUGUGUUUGGCCCUGCUGGAAAUAAGACAGGUUCUUAUAGUUCUAGGAAAGAUUCUUCAAAGCCACUGAGGAAGGCUGAGAAAUUGAGCAGGGAGGUUGAUUUGGCUAAAGAGAAGAAAGCUUGUGAAUUGUCUUCACCUGUCGCUUCCUCUCGUCAGUCACAUUCUGCUAGUGUUUCUUCAGUGCUGCGCCGACACGAGCAGUUGUUGCAUUCCAAUUUGUCUAUGAAUGCUUCAUGUUCUUCCGAUGCAUCCACUGACUCGUUUCAUAGCCGAGCUUCUACUGGAAGAUUGACUCGGUCUAAUAGCUAUGGUUUUACAAGGAAGCGGUCUGUGUCGAAACCUAGAAGUGUUGUUUCUGAUGGUGUGUUGGAAUCUCCUCCACGUGAUGGUGCACAAUCCCAGAAGAGAUGUGCUUGGAUCACUCCUAAUACUGAACCAUGUUAUGCUACUUUCCACGACGAAGAAUGGGGAGUUCCGGUGCAUGAUGACAAGAAACUGUUUGAGCUUCUUGUUCUUUCGAGUGCUCUAUCUGAACUCACUUGGCCAGCCAUUCUAAGCAAGAGGCACAUUUUUAGGGAAAUGUUUGCUGACUUUGAUCCAGUUGCUGUCUCAAAAUUGAAUGAAAAGAAGAUGAUGGCACCAGGAACCACUGGAAGUUCCUUACUUUCAGAUUUGAAAUUGCGUGCAAUAAUCGAGAAUGCACGCCAAAUAUCGAAGGUCAUAGAAGAAUCCGGGUCGUUCGACAAUUAUAUUUGGAGUUUUGUGAACCACAAGCCUAUAGUUAGCAAAUUCCGAUAUCCUCGACAGGUUCCCGUUAAAACGCCCAAAGCCGAUGUUAUUAGCAAAGACCUAGUGAGAAGAGGUUUCCGUGGCGUGGGUCCCACGGUCAUCUACUCCUUCAUGCAGGUGGCGGGGUUAACUAAUGACCACCUCAUCAGUUGUUUCAGAUUUCAGGAAUGCGUGGCUGCAGCAGAAGGGAAGGAGGAUAAGGCCAUCAAAGAUGUUGAUCAUCAACAAAAGGCAUGUGAUAGUGUGAUGGAAUCUGAUCUUUCCAUUGCCAUUGAUAAUUUGAGUUUAUCCUCAGAAUGAAUGAUGGCCUCAACUGUCUUGGUUGAUUGAGAUGAUGAUUGUGUUGGCAUUUCAUCUGGUAGACAUAAUAGGUACACUACUUAGCCUGAAGUUGAUUCAUAUUUGAGGGGAAUUUGUGUAUCAAUUUCAAAGAAGGGUUGAAUUAAAUCAACCUUUGCUGUUGUAUGAAGCUUUCUAGAGGAAAGCCUUAACAAAUUGGAGUAGAAUUUUUUGUACAGUAAAAAAAUAUCAGUGGUUAGAAAUUUCUUUUACUGAUUCAGUGGCAGCAGGUAAUAGAUAACUGACUUUGAUUAUACAGUAUUAACAUCUAAAUUUGAUUAUGUUUUGCAUUCA